AUGGAUGAUGGCAAAAAAAGAAACGCGCAUAGGGCCGCUGCCUGGGGGCGCCGGGGUGCGUCUGGAGCUGGCGCUGGACGCGGCAGCAUGCGGGCCGCCAGCCGAGCGCGAGGAGCUGCAUGGUCACCUAGCAGCCCUCCGCAUCCAUCAUCCCCACCAGAAGGCUUAGUGUCGGCUGGGUCUUCUCGGACUCAGCAAGCGGCACCCGCCGCUGGUGGAGCACGUCGCAUGCGUUGGUCACAAACAAUGAACGCAAACGCACUGCCAUCCUUAACCGUCACAGAGCAAAAACUGGCAGACCGAGUUCGGUAUAUCUUGCGCUCAAAUAUAUUUGAUGUCGCCGAACUCGAACGGCUACGACGUGGGGCUGUUCCCUCAUCGGAGGAAAAUGCUACGACUGAGGAUGCGGCGCCACAAAUUGUAGAGCAACCCGCAAACGUGGAUGCCGCCGUGAAUACCCCAGUUGUGGUUUAUUCAAACGAUGAUGGAACAGUCGCCCAGGAACUGGAAUUAGGGCAUAUGAGGAGUACAUUGGAAGAGGCGAUUGUGGAAACGCGCAGUACGCCUCUCGAAAAUCGACCGCGACUUCCCCGCAUAGCCCUAAGCAAGCGGAAUCGGGCUGUCGUGAGGGCGCUGAACCCAAUGCUGGUAACCUAUUUGGAAGCCAGCCGGGACCUUUGCGAGACGGACUCAAGUCUUUUUGGCACCGCACUGGCAGUCUGCUGUAUCAUAGGCGCCAAGGUUUCCACGGCUGGACGCGCUACUGGCCAAAGUAGCGCUACCCCAGCAUGGAGAAGAAGAAUUGAGGAACGUAUCGCAAAGACUAGAGCUCUCAUCGGCAGACUGAUAUGCUUCAGAUCAGGCAAUAACAGGCCAAGAAUUGUGCGCACCGUCAGGAUGGCGUUUGCUGGGAUAAAUGUCAGUUUGUCCCAGCCGGAUAUAACGCAAAAACUGAUGGAGCGCAUAGAUGAUCUGAAGCAGAGAUCGCUGCUUGGGGAAAGCGGAUUCGGCAAUAUACCGAGAGGUCGACACGGUUCAACCAGAAUCGUCUCUUCCAGAGUGAUCAGAAGAGGCUCUAUGAAUCAUUGGAGCGACCAAUGGUAA